UGUGUGAGGCAGCCCGGCUGCAGCGGGACGCGGCGCCGCGAGCGUGGGAGCAGCGCACGUCCUUCCUCAGCGGCUGAAGCGCAGGAAGCUCUUGCUGUUCCAGCACCGCCAGGCCGGACAAUCCUUCCCUUGGCUGCAGGUCACGUUGGAUCUCUUCCCAUAAUGGAAGCGUGAGUGCCAGGAUCCUCCAUGACCUCCAGAAGCCACAACUCCUUACCGAGAACUCUGAUGGCUCCGCGAAUGCUCUCCGAAAGCGCCCUUGGGGGCAUUGCCCAAAUCACCCCCUCGCUCUACCUGAGCAGGGGCAGCGUCGCCUCCAACCGGCACCUGCUGCUCUCCCGGGGAAUCACCUGCAUCAUCAACGCGACCAUCGAGAUCCCCAACUUCAACUGGCCCCAGUUCGAAUACGUGAAAGUGCCUUUGGCUGACAUGCCCAACGCCCCCAUCUCCCUGUACUUCGACAGCGUCGCUGACAAGAUAAACAGCGUGGCGCGGAAGCACGGGGCCACCCUCGUGCACUGCGCCGCCGGCGUGAGCAGGUCGGCCACCCUCUGCAUCGCCUAUCUGAUGAAGUACCAUAAGGUGUCCCUGUUCGAGGCUUACAACUGGGUCAAAUCGAGACGUCCCGUUAUACGCCCCAACGUGGGCUUCUGGAGGCAACUGAUAGACUACGAGAGGAAGCUCUUUGGGAAGACGACGGUUAAAAUGGUACAGACACCAUAUGGCAUCAUCCCAGACGUUUACGAGAGAGAGAGGAGACCCCUGAUGCCUUACUGGGGAAUUUAAUGUGACUGCAGAUGGGAAGCACAACAGAAGGGACUUGCUGUUCCGAGUCUACCAGACUGGAGACAUCCCCUUCUCUUUCUACAGCCAACUUUGGUUCUUUACCAUACAGCAGAACCUCAACUAAUUCUCACCUCACUAACCCGCAAGGCCAACAGUCCCCUUCAAAGCAUUUCUCUCUACAGGGACUCCCCCAUCCGUAUUUCUCUGAUUUAGCAGAAUAAGGCCUCCUUAUAAGUUUAUUCCUUUCAUAAAACCUCUCUCCCUUUUUUAGUCAGUUUAUUAGUGUCCUACAAGAAAAGGCCUGAAAGGCACUUGGCAGAGUUAAUGAACAAAGUGACGCUUUGUGAUGCGGUCGCCUGGAUCUUUCCUUAUAGCUUGUUUGCUUCCUCGCGAGGCGCCCUCGUGACGGGGGCCGGCGCGACCACGGUCCCGCUCCCAGCACAGCCUUUGACCAGGAGCCAGGGCAGCAGCCGUGCACAGCUCUGCCGCUCGCGCCGGCCUCUCCUUUAGCAGCUGUAGUUGCUCUCAGUAUAUAGUGUUUGAGAUCCUCAGUCAGCUCUUCAUCUGUAUUAAAAGUUUAAAAGGAGUGAAGUCAGUCCAUGUUGGCCACAAGUGAAAUAAAAUUUAAAAGAGUUCAAACCAAAUAAAUACAAGGUCCCUUUUCACUCAUUCCAUGCCAGGGUGGCAGUCCUGGAACAUCCUUACACUUUGGAAAAAUAUUCAUCUUUUCAGUGGGUGGAGAGUAAAGAGAGAUUGUGUCCAGGCGUGGCUCAAGAGGGAAGCGAGUGGUGAGGAGCCCUUCCCGGCCCGGCCAGCCAAAGGAAUGCUUAGGAAGCGCGGUGUGUAGGGCCACUUCCAAAGGGGCUGAGCUCUGUUUUCUAAUACUCAAUCAACCAGUAAGCUGGAAGUAGGUAAAUCUGCUUGAUUACUUCGCUCUAAGUAUGGUUGUGACCUGCCUUAGCCCAUUUCUAACUCACUUCAUUAUGUCCUCAAGGUUAUGUUGCAUUCUAGAAUUAUUUGACGCAAAAUGGCCAUCUAUUAGACCUCCAGGACAAAGAUGGCUCGAUGGAGAAGGCUUUGCCUUGUUUUGCUCAUGAGGAGAAGGAUUCCAGCUUGGGAAGUGGCAGAAGUGCUCCGGUGGUGCAUUCAGCAGCUGGAUCCGUGUCCUUCACUCCCUCGUGGAUGGGAGGAUCUUGGUUUCC